GGAAGUGGAACUGGGCUUGUUGGUAUCUACGCUGCAGAGUUAUUAAAGCCGAAGAAAGUGUACUUGACAGAUUUGGCAGAUGCUUUAGAAAUUAUGCAGCAGAAUGUUAAUUUGAUGGAGAACAAAAAAUUAGACAUGGUCGUUAAAGAGUUAUCAUGGGGACCCGAAAAGCAAUUAGAGUACAAGGACGUCAACCUGAUUUUAUUAACAGAUGUUCUUUACAAUCAAUCCUCGCACGAUUUACUUUUAGAGACGCUGGAUUGGCUUCUAGAUAAUGAAGAGGCCAAAGCCUUAUUAACCUAUAAAGAACGUAACCACGACGAAAGGGAGUUUUUUACAAAGGUUGCAAAAAAAGGUUGGAGAUGUGAUCGGGUACCAUCUGAUGAUUUAAUCUGUGAAGUUUAU